UACACCGUACAUCAAUCGGAAAAGAGGGAGUCGAGAAUCGGGAGAUCGAUUCGAGAGGGAUUUGAUAGCUCGAUCCGAUUCUCUCUCUUUCUCCAAGCAAUUCGUUGGUGGAUUUGGAAAUCGUUGCUCCUACGGGAUCUUCUUGAUUUCAUCUAGAUCUGGUUGCUAGUGCUUGUGAGGGAAAAUUUUAUUUCUGUUGCUUCCCAUCUAUACUCCAAAAAGCAAGGUUCAUGUCUGAUCUCGACGCUCAGAUUCCUACUACCUUUGAUCCUUUUGCUGAGGCUAAUGCUGAUAAUGCUGGUGCUGGGUCAAAGGAGUACGUGCACAUUCGUGUUCAGCAGCGUAAUGGGAGGAAAAGCCUGACAACUGUUCAGGGGUUGAAGAAAGAGUACAGUAAAUCUAAGAUCUUAAAAGACCUGAAGAAAGAAUUCUGUUGUAAUGGUACUGUUGUGGAUGAUUCAGAGCUUGGACAGGUCAUUCAACUCCAAGGUGAUCAGAGGAAGAAUGUCUCCGCCUUUCUCAUUCAGGCUGGUAUUGUGAAAAAAGAUCAAAUCAAGAUUCAUGGUUUCUAAGUAGCUUGGUUUGUCUGUUACAUGUUUAGUAGGUCAUCACUGUUUGCUUAAGAACUUCUGGGAUUUUAAUCCUGUCUAUAUAUGUAUGUCAUAUGCAAACUUCUUUAAUUUCAUGCACUUUGCUUUGUCGUGUGUUGUGAGACGAUAUAGUCCUUUGAUGUUAAUGACAAUCUGCUUAAAUAAUAAGUCUGCCUGUGUUCUGUUAACUAA